GGGGACAGGCCAGUUAUCGCCGGUCACUUGUGCUAAGAAACAGCUUCAGUGGCCAGAAGUGAAGGCAUCUGCAGCAAAGCGUGAGCUGAAAAAACCUACUCCGACCUGUUUCUAUGUGUAAAUUUAAAGAUCAGCUGAGUGUCUUCCACAGCAGCGCCUGCCACAACCCGCCGCUGCGUCGCUGCACGCCGGGCGCUGAUUAUCAGUCGGAUCAGCACACGUACGGACAAACACGCGGGGGUCAAGGUUCACGCGCAGUAUUCCUCAUUAGGGCGGGUUGGGAUCAAAUGUGACGGGGACACGAGCGGACGCCUCGCGUGGGGCUGUUUUUAACCUGCGGGAAAUAAGGAGAGCCGCUCCAGAGGAUCAUCAGCCGACGCAGCAGCUGCAGCCAUGAGGGUCGUCGACAUCGGUCCAGACCCGUCGCUGGCAUAUCGGCCAAACCUGGAGACGAAUGCGACCAAAGAGAAGAAGGACUAUAGGAACUUUGAGACUGGCAGCCUGAUUGAACGAGUCUUCAGCACAUACAAACUGAUGCACACCAACCAGACUGUGGCGUUUGUGAAGCAGAAGCACGCUGAGUGGAGCGGCUGCAGCCACACUCGGAUGGGGAUGAUGGACGCCGUAAUGUCCCUGGAUCAGCUGGUGGAUGAGUCUGACCCGGACGUGGACUUCCCCAACUCCUUCCAUGCCUUCCAGACGGCGGAGGGCAUCCGCCAGGCCCAUCCAGAUAAAGACUGGUUCCACCUGGUGGGUCUGAUCCACGAUGUUGGGAAGAUGCUGGCUCUUUGGGAAGAACCGCAGUGGGCUGUGGUGGGCGACACCUUCCCGGUGGGCUGCAAGUUCCAGAAGUCCAUUGUGUUCAGAGACAACACCUUCACGGAAAACCCGGACGACAAGAACCCAAAAUACAACACUGAAUACGGCAUCUACAAACCCAACUGUGAGCUCAGCAACGUCUUCAUGUCCUGGGGCCAUGACGGUGAGACACCGGCUGCACACGCUGCUCUCCACCGGCGUGCGCUCACGCUUUGCUUUCUGUCUGCAGAGUACCUCUACAGAGUGUUGAAGUUCAACAGCUGCUCCAUUCCAGAGGAGGGGUUGUACAUGAUCCGCUUCCAUUCCUUCUACCCCUGGCACUCCCACGGUGACUACAUGCACCUGUGCAGUGACAGGGACCUGCACAUGCUGCCCUGGGUCCAAGAGUUCAACAAGUUCGACCUGUACACAAAGACCACGGAUCUGCCCGACGUCAACGAGCUGAAGCCGUACUACCAGACCCUGAUCGACAAGUACUGUCCUGGAAAACUGAAGUGGUAAAACAGGAGUGAGGCUGCGACGUCAGAGAUCAAACUGAUAAAUCACUUUACAUUCACGCUGAGCCUGGACUCAAAAUAUAUCAACAAUUUAUAUCAAUACCCUUUCGCUUGUAAUUUUUACACAUUUUGAAAUAAAAUGUCAAACUGUUUUAUUUUAUUGUAUUUUAAUAUUAUAAAAGCUGUAAUUUUUAUAAAGUUCA